UCAACGCCAUCUUUAAUUAUCAGAACGAGGAAAAGAAGCAUCCAUCUUACUUCGCUCCACAUUUUCUUCGAUUCUCUGCAGAAAUUCUUCUUCCUGGUUGUCCCAUUGUCCGAUGGAUUUGUAGAUCGACCAUUCGCCUGGACAAUGACGACGACGGUGGUCGAAUUGAACGGCUCUACGCCCAUGAUGGGCGCACCGCAGUCCGGCGCUCAGCAACAACAGCAGCCGCCAAUCUAUGGCAAAAUUUCCCUGCAACUCACCAACUGCCUUUUGCCAGAGGAAAAGCUUUCGCCAACACCGUCCGAGCAAGAUGGCCUGGACAAAGAGGUUGAAAUCGACCUGCGAAUCCUGGGCUGCGAACUCAUCCAGACCGCAGGAAUGCUGCUGAAACUUCCACAGGUCGCGAUGGCCACGGCGCAGGUUUUGUUUCAGCGCUUUUACUACUCCAAAUCGUUUGUGCGCCAUCCUAUGGAGAUUUUUGCCAUGGGCUGCCUCUGCCUGGCGUCCAAAAUUGAGGAGGCGCCUCGAAGGGUGCGAGACGUCAUCAACGUAUUCAGCCACAUAAAACAAGUCGACGCUGGAAAACCCAUUGCGCCAGUGGUGCUGGACCAGAUCUACAGCAAUUUGAAAAUUCAAGUUAUUAAGGCUGAGAGGAGGGUUUUGAAGGAACUUGGUUUUUGCGUUCAUGUCAAACAUCCUCAUAAGAUUAUUGUGAUAAAUCUUCAGAUGCUGGGAUUUGAGAAGAAUGAGGAAUUCAUGCAGUAUUCUUGGAACUACAUGAAUGAUUCAUUGAGGACUAACGUUUUUGUGCGUUACGACCCAGAGGCAAUAGCCUGCGCCUGCAUAUACUUGUCAGCCAGGAAGCUGAAAAUUCCUAUGAGCAAAGACCCACCAUGGUAUGGUAUAUUCGGUGUCAAGGAGGAUGACUUGCUCGACAUUUGCUACUCAAUUUUGAGGCUCUACAGACGACCAAAGGCUAUUCCAGACCAGCUGGAGAAAAUCGUUUUGGACCUUCAAACAAAAUACCAGGAGACCAGGAACAGAGCACGCCAGGCCGGUCUGCUCAACUCCGCCAACAACACUCCAGCUCAAAACAGCUUAAGUCCGUCGACGCCCGCAAUAAAGAAGCCACUGCCUGAGGUUUCUCCGAGGUCGAAGGAAACACGCAGGAGCGAGUCUCCGAGUCCUCACAAACACAAGUCAAAGAGCAACAAAAAACACAGGCAUAGCUCGACCUCCCCAUCAAGGUCGCGAUCGCGUUCCAGAGACCGCAAUCGUAAGAAGCUGAAAAGCCGGAACAGAAGCCUUUCCCCGGCAUCGCCCACAUCCCAGGAUUACAAGAGAAGCCAUAAGACAAGGGACAAGCAACGGUACAGGUCACGAUCUCGCUCAAGGGACCGCCGUGACAGGUCUCGGUCGCGCUCUUACGACCGAUACAAGCAUCAUGACAAGAGUAAAAAGCACAAGUACAGGGAUGAGGGAAGCCGCAAACGCAAGGAGAUAAGGCGGUAGGUGAAACUGGUUUUCAUCUAAUUUGUUUAGAAGAGGAUAAUGCCAAACAUUGGCAAUACGAAACUUGAUUAUUUUUUAUCGAAAAGAAGUAUUUUAAAUAAAUAAUGAAAUGCAAAGAGAAAAAACCUCAGAAAACUUUUAACGUCUUAAAAAUUCUGUGACUGGAUUGUAUAAUAAACAUCGUGUGAAUCGGGUGUGAAUUAUAUCUAAAUUGAUUAAAAAUAAGUUGACCACA